AGAUCGGCAGCAAUCCUGCUCUUGUUUAUUGGCCUCAGCAAGGCCGCGAAUCAGACUUAUCCUCUCAGUACUAGUACUGAGUUCCCAACAGUCGGUUCUAUUAAUACUAACUGCUCUCUUGAGGCUUUGCCAAUCUGCGGAUACAGGCCAUAUGCAGGCGGCCGUACCGUUUGCACCUUCCUCAAUAUGUGCUUCUAUGACCAAUUUGUUUUGGCAACGCAAAAUGAUUGGCGGAUAGAGAGUAAUGAGCCUUGCCAGUGGCCGACAAAUGAUUGUCACCAAAUACUGAACGAAAAAAGGCAUCGUACGUCACUAACUUCACGAAAAGCCAAGAAACAUCGCAGGCUAGGAGCACAUAAAAAUGCAUCGAAGUCAAUGCAACAUUCAAGAGUCCAGAAGCAUCACAAGACAGAAAGACGGGACAGCAAAGAAGGUCCGAAGUUACUAGACUCAAGCCUACCCCCUAUUAAAGUGACACCAAGCGACCAGAUAUAUCGAAGCUCUGAAACACCGAAAAUCCCAAAGGUCACUAGUUGGACCUUAUUGGAAAAUAAUCAUCACACUACCGAAAAGCCCGUACCCUGGAGGAGGCGUGGUAGGCAAUCCCGAUCGAAAGGCAAGAAACAUCGCAAGACAGAGUCCAAGCCAAGAGCCAAGAUUCAGCCCAAAAAAGAAACAGAAAUUGAUGUAAGGGAGACUAUGUUUCAAUAAAACCUACAUAGUUUCCGGCAAA